GGGGCGGAGCCAUGAGUUAGCCUGGUGGGGCGGUGUGGAGCCGCCUCUCAGGCCUGGCGUCGGCCCACCUCAUCGACGGGGGACGGAAGUCUCAGCCCGGCUCUGUCUCCCCCGGGAACCCGGACCGAGCGCCGAGCCUCGCCCCACGGGGCGGCCAGGCCCGGGCGUGCUCCGGCACCGGCGGCACCAUGAAGCGUAUGGGGACUCUGCGCCAGCUUUCGGAUCUCAGCCACUUUAGCGGCGCGGCCCGGCUCCGGGAGUUGCUGGCCGCGGACCCAGCCAUAAAAGUCCGCUGCAGCCCAGACGGCCGCCACCUGCUGCUCCUCCGAUCCCCGGGGGCGCCGUGCCCACAGCUGCUGGUGGCGGUGCGUGGCUCCGACGCGGAGCUGGAGCGUGCCUGGCCCGCUGGCCACCCCUCACCGCUAGACGCCUUCUUCCUGCCGUGGCCGGCGCGACCGGCGCUGGUCCUGGUGUGGGAGAGUGGCCUAGCCGAGGUGUGGGGCGCCGGGGUGGGGCCUGGCUGGCGGCUGCUGAGGAGUACCGAGCUGUGUCCAGCCGGUGGAGCCUAUGUGGUGGCCGUGGCGGUGCUCCGAGGCCGCCUGGUGUGGUGCGAGGAGCGUCAGGCUGGCGCGGAGGGCCAGCUGGGACCGCCUGCUGCUUUCAGCCAUUGCGUGUGCUUCCGAACCCUGGAGCCCAACGGAGAGGGCGGCACCAACCUGGGCCGCACACAUGUCUUGCUGCACCACUGCCCCUCUUUUGGACUGCUGGCCUCCCGCAAGGACCUCUUCCUGGUGCCCACUGCCACCACCUGGCCUGGUGUGGGUCAUAUUCUGCUCACUUGGAGCCCAGGCAAGGGCAAGGUGAUGGUGGUUGCCCCAUGUCUUGGCCUCUCCCACUGUAAGAGCCUGAAUCCCGUACGAGGGGACACAUGGGACUUCCGGACACUGCUCCGAGGCCUUCCUGGGCUGCUGUCCCCCAUGAAGCCAUUGACUGUACAUACCUGGGCCCCAACUCCCCAGGGCCUGCUAUUGCUUGACUUCAGGGGCACUGUGAGCCUGGUGCAGACCCAUGGGGGUACCCGGACUGUAGGCACGCUGCAGGAGGCACCUGUAGGCCUGGCAGGGUCUGCAGCACUGGGAACAUUUCAUGGUACUCUGGCCUGUGUGCUGGGCUCCACGUUGGAACUGCUGGACAUGGGCAGCGGGCAGCUGCUGGAGAGAAAGGUCCUAAGUACAGACCGAGUACAUUUACUGGCACCCCCAGCCCCUGGCAUGGAGGAUGAGGAAGAGUUGGAGACCCGAGGGGGUCUUCGUUUGCUUUCAGCCUUGGGUUUGUUUCGAGUAGGCUGGGAAGCCCCACAGGGCCUUGAAGUGCCUUCAGCUGAAGACCUGGUGUUUGAGGAGGCCUGCGAGUACUACCAGCGGCGGAGCCUACGGGGUGCCCAGCUUACCCCAGAGGAACUGAAACACAACAGCACAUUCCGGGCGCCUCAGGCCCUGGCCUCCAUUCUCCAGGGACAUGUGUCCCCAUCUACACUAGUGACCACACUGAGGGCUGAGCUUCGAGAUUACCGGGCCUUAGAUCAGCUCAAAGCCCACCUGGUGGCUGGGGAUGAUGAGGAGGCUGGCUGGACUGAGCUGGCAGAGCACGAAGUGGCACGUUUGCUGAGGACCGAGUUGAUGGGAGACCAGCUGGUCCAGCUCAACACUGUUUUCCAAGCCCUUCCUACAGCAGCCUGGGGUGCAGUCCUCAGGGCCCUGCAGCUGCAGCCAGAUGGGAAUGGCAGGCUGAGGUCCCAUGCUCCCCCUGAUGUGUGGAAGAAGGUACUGGGGGGUACUUCAGCUGGAAAGGAACCCCCCAAUGGGAUACUGCCCCUCUUUGAACUCCUGUGCCAGUGCCUCUGCCGGCUGGAGCCUCGAUGGCUGCCACCCUUUGUGGAGUUGGCACAGCAGCAGGGUGGGCCGGGCUGGGGAGCAGGGGGCCCAGGGUUGCCCCUGUAUCGCCGAGCCCUGGCAGUACUGGGUGAGGAGGAGACCAGGUCUGAGGCCCUGGAGCUGGAGCUGCUCUUGGGCAGUGGGCGGCCCAAAGCUGUGCUCCAAGCUGUGGGCCAGCUGGUACAAAAGGAGCAGUGGCAGCGGGCCCUGGAGGCAGGCCUGGCCCUUGGCCCCUCCAGCCCCCUGCUUCGAAGCGAGAUCUUCAAACUGCUGUUGGCCGAAUUUGCCCGGCACCGCCGACUUGAUGCUUAUCUCCCCCACCUUCGCCGCCUAUGCCCACCAGACCUAACUCCAGCAGAGCUCCUGCUUCUAAUACGGACACACCUCCCAGAUGAGUUGGAGCCCCCCACCCCAUUCCCUAAGCCUGGGACAGAGCCCCCUCUCACUGUGGGGUUGCUCAGAGCCCUGCUGGAGCAGACUGGGGCUCAAGGACGGCCCUUGGGCCCGGUUCUAAGCCUGUAUGAGGACAUCCUAUGCGACCCGGGCACUCCACCCCCCACCCCACCUCGGGGACCCAUGACUACCCUCCAGACAUCAGACCACCCAGUCUUGGAGGCCUGGGCACCAUCUGGACAGGGCCUCUGUGUGACUGACACAGGCUAAAAAUUAUUUCUAGGACACAGCAGUCGGGAAGGUGCCUAGGAGUUGGUGGGGACCAGGGUGGGAGUUCUGCGUGCAAUAAUACUCUUCUCUUCUGGAACAAUUAAAAAAUAUAUACAUAAUAUAUAUAUGUAUUAAAUAUUGUCUAAGCGUCUAAGACCCUUGGAAUUUCCUAAGUGAUAGGAGUCUUUUGUUAUUCAUAAGGAGCCUUUUUAGAUCACACCUGCACAUAUGCUAAUGAGGUAAUUUAGGGUGGGGACACCCAGCCUAAGGAUGGGACUGGUCACCUGAAAGACCCAAGUGAUGAGAGGGUUGGCACUUUUAGCCCCAUCCCCAACAUCCUGGGAGGGGAGUGGGGCUAGAGAUUGAAAUCCAUAAAAAUCCUGAAUGAGGAAAUUUGGUAAAGCACAUUAAAGUGCUGGGAGGGUGACUUACUCAGAGAGGGCUUGGGAGCUGCACACACACAUACUCCCACCCUGUACUUUGCCCUAUGCAUCUCUUCCAUCUGGCUAUUCCUAAGUUAUAUCCUUUGCGUUUUGGGGGGUCUUAUUCUUUUUUUUUUUUUAUGUUUAUUUAUUUUUGAGAGGCAGA